GAGAAAAUAUCAGUACGACCAGAAGUUACCACUAAUAUUACACGCGCACUAGUUCAGAAAGUUCUUCGAAAAAAAUGGACUACGCAUCCAAAAAUAUAUAUCUCAAUAAUUUGCACAAUAAUUAGGUACUCAAAUGUUCAAGAAUAAGAAGAGGUUGAAUAUCUAGGAAGCAGAACUUGUUGUUGGAUAUCAUAAAACGUGUUUUGGUUCUAAGCAUGGAAAAAAAUAUAAGCAAGAUAAUUGAUGUAUCAUGGAGAUUUGGAGUGACUGCGGCAAGCAAUGAUUCUGACAAUGUGGCAAAGUCAUUUCUGCAACUUAAGUUAAGUCUUGAUAAUGGUGGUAAAAUUAAUAAUGUGUUUAUUGAAAUGACAAUAGGGCAGUUUUAUAAAUUUCUACAUGACUUAGAAAAGGCAAAAUGUAAUCUUGACUUGUUAUUAUAAUUAGAUAUAUAUUAGAUUCAUACAUAGACAUAUA